AUGAAGCUGUCGACCAGCGUCCUUAUUGCAGCCCAGCUCCUCUCGGCUCUCGCCGCCCCUGCGCUGAGGAGGGAUGAACAAACGACCAGCGUCAGCGAGGGUGCCGCAACAACAACCGCGGAGGGGGCAACAACAACAACAACAACAACCGCGGAGCCCGCUGCGACUACGACUGGGGCCGCUGGUGGUGAUACCGGGGCGGGUGAGGGCGAGGGCGGUGGCGAGGGCGAGGGCGAGGAGGGAGAGGAGAACGAGGUUGAGCAGCAGGGCCAGUUCGACCAGGUCAUCCAACUAAGCGGCGGCAACGUCAAGAUCGACACGCUCUUCCCUGCUGGUACCAACGGCGUCUUCGAGGUCGAGUUCCAGAACCAGCAGGGCCGCCGGCUGAGGGUCACCGAGAACAGGAAUCCGGCCCCGCCGCCGCAGGGCUUCGUCGCGCUCGAGCCCGUAUCGUACAAGGUCGAGCUGAGCGGCGGGCGGGCCGGUGCCCGGGGCCUGACGCUGCAGAAGAUUGACUACAUCCGGAAUGCCAAUAGCACGGUCGACAUCUCCGCUGGCAAGGUCGCCCGCUUCUGCCAGGAGGCCAACGCGUUCGUCCUUGGCGAGGGUGAGCUCGAGUUCGAGGCCGAGGAGAACGAGCUGGCCCUCACCGUCAGCAACGUGGUCGGCGAGUGGGCCUUCUUCGUGCCGGAGGCUGCCGCCGGUGCGGGUGCGGGUGCGGAUGCCGAGGCCGGUACCGGUGCCGGUGAGACUGCGGAAGGGGGUGUUGAUGCCGGCACCGGUAUUGGUACCGGUACUGAUCCUGCCAACAUUUGCGGCGCCGGAACGACCUGCCGCUCCCUGUUGGACGCUCUCCAGAGGUUGAUUGGCGGCGGUGCCGGCGCCGGCGCCGCUGCUACGCCUGCCCGCAAGGCUUAA